GCCCCGGUCACAUGCGCACGGGGCGGGCCUGGGGCUAUAAAACCGGGGCGGGGGCCAGGCACCGGGUCCAGCACCGAGCCCAGCACAGAGACGCCCCACCAUGGCCUCCAGCGAGCCCGGGACGGCGCAGCCCAAGGCUGAGGAGCAGCAGAGCAUCGGGACACGGGUGGCCAGCCUGCCCCUGGUGAGCUCUGCCUACGGCAUGGUGUCCACCGCCUACGCCUCCACCAAGGAGAGCCACCCCUACGUCCGCUCCGUGUGUGAUGUGGCCGAGAAGGGGGUGAAGACCCUGACGGCGGCGGCAGUCAGCGGGGCCCAGCCCCUCCUCACCAAGCUGGAGCCACAGAUUUCCACUGCCAACGAGUACGCCUGCAAGGGGCUGGAUAAGCUGGAGGAGAAGCUGCCCAUCCUGCAGCAGCCCACGGAGAAGCUCAUCUCAGACACCAAGCAGCUCGUGACAUCCACGGUGACGGGGGCCAAGGAUGUCCUGACCAGCACGGUGGCGGGGGCCAAGGACGCCGUGAGCAGCCGGGUGACGGGGGUGAUGGACAUGACCAAAGGGGCCGUGCAGGGCAGCGUGGAGCUGACCAAGUCGGCGGUGAGCAGCGGCGUCAGCACCGUCAUGGGCUCGGCCAUGGGCCAGAUGGUGGUCAGUGGGGUAGGCUCCGUGCUGGAGAAGUCGGAGGAGCUGGUGGACCACUACCUGCCCAUGACGGAUGAGGAGCUGGCCAAGCUGGCCACAGCCGUGGAGGGCUUCGAGACGGAGCAGCAGAAGCAGCAGCAGAGCUACUUCGUGCGUCUUGGCUCGCUGUCGGCCAAGCUGCGGCACCGGGCCCUGCAGCACUCGCUGGGCAAGCUGCAAAGUGCCCGCCACAGCAGCCAGGACGUGCUGGCCCAGCUCCAGCGCACCCUUGACCUGGUGGAGCAGCUCAAGCAGGGCAUGGACCAGAAGCUGCAGGGAGGGCAGGAGAAGCUGCAGCAGCUGUGGCUGGAGUGGAGCAAGAAGCAGCCAGGCGGUGGCAAGGACCUGGUUCCACCAGAGGCGGUGGAAUCGGGCACGCUGGCCAUGGUGCAGGGCCUGACGCAGCAGCUCCAGAGCGCCUGCCAGCCCUUAGUGUCCAGCCUGCAGGGCCUCCCCGCCGGCAUCCAGGAUACAGCCGGGCAGGUCCGCCAAAACGUGGAGGAGCUGCGGGCCAGCCUGGCCUCCGCUACAUCCCUCCAGGAGGUGACAGGCAGCGUCCUGGCCAAGGCUCGUGCCCACGCCGCGAAGGCCCGUGAGCUGAUGGACGAGCUGGUGGAGCACGUGGCCCACAACACUCCUCUGUCCUGGCUGGUGGGGCCCUUCACGCCUUCCACCCAGCACCUGCUGGGCCUCCAGGGGCAGUAGCAGCCUCCUGGGGGUAUGAUUAUAGCGAUAAUACCGCUGUAGCUCCUACCUAGCCUGGCCUAAGUAACUCCUGAUCUUCCUCCUCCCUGCACUGGGUGCAGGACCCAUGCAGCACGGCUCUGUCCCCUCUCACCUGUACCAGGGAGGUGCCAGCAAAGUGCCUUGGCUUCCCCAAGUGCCUACAGCAGCCCCUGCCCCUCAUCCUUCUCAUCCAGCCCCCCUGUCCUUCUCGGUGCCUUCCAGCCCCUCAUCUUCCCUCUGCCCUGCAGCAGCGGGGAGCCCGCGGGGCUCGGUGCAGGCAGGGGCAGUUGCUGAAGCAAUAAACUCCACGUAGUUUU